GGACAAAACAUUAUGUAGAAAUAGAAUAUUGUUUGACUAUGUGGAUUAUUAAAUGGUCAAACUUGCUGACUUUAAUUCUGUGGCAGAGUUUAAAGGGUGCAAAAACCCUUCGAGACUGCACACAUAUGUUGGUGGCGGGAGUUUCAUUUUACUUUCAACAUAAAAGUUUGUGGCAAAGGAUCAAUAGCAUUUUGGAGGGUAGUUUGUUUGUUGAAGAACGAAGUGAAAAUAUAGAAGUUGCUAAUGGAAAUGAAUUUGAAAAGGAGAUUGAUGAAGAAGAUGGUGAUGAGGCUUUUGAUGACAAGUUUGAUGACAUCUUGUUUGAUAAAAAUGUGGAUUCUGAGCCUGAUGGUGAGGUUGGUUGUGAGGAUGAGGAUGAGGUUGAGGCUGAGGAGGGUGAGGUUGAGGAUGAGGCUGAGGUUGAGGAGGGUGAAGACCAGAUUGUGGAUGAGGCUGCUGAAUCUAUGGCUAAGAAGGGUGGGGUUGAGGCUGAUGGUUGGGUUAGUGGUGAGAGUGAGGAGAGUGAUGAUGAUAUUUUUGAUUGGGAGUAUGAUAUGAAGGCUGAAAAGGUAAAUGACAAGAUAAUAAUGAUAAUGUGGAUUUUUAUACUGAGUGGUUGGAUGGUAAGGGUGAAGGUGUUAAGAAAUGUUUCAAUGAUG